AUGCGCGGUCUUCUCGUCGUCCUGCUGCUCGUUACCGUAGCCUUGGCUGACAGGCCGCCGUGCAUCGGCAUGGGCUGCCCCAGACGCACGUUUCCUCCAAAAACAUCUCCACCGCACGAUGUCGCCAGCGACUUGGGCGGGAUCUGCAAGGUGCAAGCCGAUUGCGGCAGAUGGUUGCAAGGGUGGUCGCCUCCCCGAAUGCCCCCGGGGCCAUUAGGGUAUCCAUUUCAACAAGGCGAAAAGGACAACUGGCCCUGGAGGGUGAAUAAAUCCGAUGGGAAAGGCGGCAAGCCGAAGGUCGAAGAUCGUCGCGAAAAA